GUCUCAGUGCUGUUAACGCCUGAUAUUAAAGGAGCAAUGGACAUCUUAGUCAAGAAAAGACAAGAGGCCAACAUCAAUACAAACAACAAGUUUUUCUUUGCCCGCCCAUCUGAAGACUCAUUGAAUCACAUUCGCCACUGGGGCUGCCUGAGAAAACAAUGUACUGGGCUUAAAUUAAAACAAUCUGAUUUGAUAACAAGUACCCACCUUAGAAAGUAUGUUGCGACGGUUUCCCAAGUGUUAGACCUCCAAGAAAAAGAGUUAGAUUGGCUGGCAAGACACAUGGGACAUGAUAUCAGAGUACACAGGGAAUAUUAUAGACUCCUCGAGUCAACCCUG